AUGCUCAAGGUCUGCAUUCUGGAGGGCCGCCAUCUCACACCCACCACCCACGACGAGGCGCCGAAUCCCUACUGCGUGGUGACCGUGGGCAAGCAGAGCUACAAGAGCAAGAAGAAGACCAAGACCUUCCACCCGUCCUGGAGCAACGCCACGUUCGUCUUUGAUGUGAACGAUCUACAGGGGCAGGUCGAAAUCGAGUGCUGGGAUGCCAACAACCUCAUCAAGACCGAGAUGCUGGGUCGCGUGGCCCUCAACAUCGCUGACGUCAUCACGCUCCGACCCGAACGCGGGAAUGCAGACGCGCAGCCGCUUCGACAGAGCGAGGAAGACGAGGAGGGCGAGGGCACCGAGAUCCGAAGUCUCGAGGGCAAGCCGCGGUGGUGUUCCCUGAUGGACCCCGAGUACGGCCGAUCGAAGACCGGAGAGCUGCGGGUCUCGUUCCACUACAUGCGCGCCGAGGAGGAGGUCGAGCGCCUGCGCCUCCUGGCCGACGCCCAUCGCAAGCGCGAAGACGCGUCGGGCGAGCACGUCACGCACAUGGUCGUCAACAAGGCCAAGCACGCGGCGCGGCGCCAGCAGCACCUGCGCCAGCAUUCCACCAGCAGCGGAGCGACCGCGACGACGACCGUCAACGAUUCGAGCAAUGCGAGCGAUGACGAUACUGCGUUGUUGUCGACGUCGUCCGACGUGUACGACAACCAGGGCGAGGAGUGGGAGCGGCCGCUGUCGAGGGACGGCUCGGUGAUCGUCGACACGAACGAGCACCACCAUCAUAGUGGUGUCGACAGCAAUAAGACGAGGAAGAAGGAGAAGCGCAAGUCGACGACGCUCAAGGAGAUGCUGGGCGAGAUCAAGAAGAAGGGCAACACGCUCCACCGCCGCACACGCUCGGUCGACAACAAACAGAGCAGCGCGAUCGACACCGGCGACCGACCCGAGGGCGCAGCCGCCGCCGUCGCCCGCGAAAAGGCGAGCGAGUCGGGCAGCCGCGGGAGUGGAAAGAAGGAGAAGCGCAAGACCGCCGCCAACGCGCCGCCGAGCAAAAUGUCGACAUCUGGCGUCGUCGGCGACGAUGAUGUGUCGACAACGCCGUCGACUGCGCCAUCGCCGGGGUCGGCGUCAGGGUCGUCAGUGUCGUCGUCGCUGCCGGCCGUGGUCGCGGGCGGGCGGUGUUCGCCGACGACCGCGCGGCGGAUCAUGUCGAGCGAUUCGGUGGUCCGCGGGCCGCACAUGCCCGAGCACCCCGAGGAGGCGCCCGAGGAGUGGGAGCUCAGCGCCCAGAUCACCCUGGGCAAGGGCCGCACCGCCACGGCCAGCAGCGCCGGCAGCGCCGACGACAGAGCUUCUGUCGACGGGGAGAAGCCGGCGGUGAACAAGAACAAAGGGAGCGGCGCGCACAAGAAGACCGCGCCGGCGCCGGCGGCCACUGCGAGCGCGACGAUUGCCAAGGGCGUGAGCGACUCGCCGCGGUCCAGGUCGCCUCGGCCGUCUUCCACCUACACGUCCGCGUCGCCUUCAUCGUCGUCAGCGUCGUCGGCGUCAGGGUCGGCGUCGUUUUCUACAGUUUCGGCCAACAGCAAAGAGGAGCGGCUCACGCUGCGCUUUGAUGCGGCCAAGCGCGAGAAACAGGAAAAGGAGAAGGAAAAGGAAAAAGCGAAAGAGAAGAAGCCCGCCGCGGAGGACAAGAAAGAACGAAAGCGGGAGGACGACAAGAACGAAGCGAAAAAGAGCGAUUCGGCCGCUUCACCCGUCUCCGCCGCCGCCGUCGCCGCCGUUCAACAGUCUCCGCGCGCCCAGCCGCCGCCCGAGCAUCGCAUCGACCAGCCUUCGCCGCCGCCACCGGAGAGCAGCAGCGUCCGCGACAAGGCCAAGGAGGCGAAGUCGACGGAGACGGCCGCUGUCGCGACUAUAGCCACGGCGGGCCUGAUGGCGAGCGGGGGAAGCGGCAGCGGUGGUGGUAGCAGCGGUACGGUGCCGUGCUCGCCCAAGGGCCGGUUCCUGACGCCGGAGGAGCUGGCCGAGGUCAUCCGCGAGAAAAGGGCCGCUUCGCCGCGCAGGCUCGAUUUCGCCGCAGCAGCAGCAGCAGCGAAGAAGAAGGAAGAGGAGGAGGCCGAGGCCGAAGCACAAAAAGAAGAAGAGGAGAAGCGGAGGAAAAAGAAUGAAACGCAAGUCACGAAGAACGAAGACGAGGCCGAAGACGAAGACGAGACGGACAGCGAAGACGAGCGAAGUCUGGAGAAGGCGCGGGCCAAGGCCAGGCGACUCAGGGAGAGGAGCUUUCAGCGCGACGCUUCCUCUUCCUCCUCCGACGAAUCGGAUUGA